AAUUAACUAAUAUCAACGACUAAUAAUAACACAUUGAAAGGACGAAACUGUGUGAAGAAGACGAGAGGAUGGGAACAGCAGCUGCAGCGCCAUGGAAGCAGCUUCUCUUUGGUGCGAUCGAGGCCAAUUCUCACCUAAAACACUAUUCUUACGCUCAGCUCGCGACGAUUGGUGUUAAUGGACGCCCUUCUAAUCGCACCGUCGUAUUCAGGGGAUUUGAAGAGAACAGUGACAAAAUUCAAAUCAACACCGAUCUUCGUAGUCGUAAGAUUCAAGAGCUUAAGCAGUGUCCGUUCUCCGAGAUGUGUUGGUAUUUCUCUGAUACUUGGGAGCAGUUUCGGAUCAAUGGAAGGGUUGAAGUCAUUGACGCAUCGAGUUCUGACCAGACCAAGCUUCAGCUAAGAGAGAAGGCUUGGUUUGCUAAUUCUCUAAAGUCAAGGCUGAUGUACAUCUGUCCUGCGCCUGGUACUACUUACAAUGGUGAGCAACCAGAUCAAGAAGUUAAGUUAGAUCCCUCAAGUGGUCCUGUUCCUGAUUACUGUCUAAUGCUUCUAGAGCCUGAAAAGGUUGAUUACUUGAAUCUGAAAAGUAAUCAGAGGCUUUUGUUUUCAUCCAUGAUUAGUGGAACAGGAGAGAAGUGCUGGACUUCUGAAAAGGUUAACCCAUAAUUAAGUUUUAAUGGCUGUGUGGUAGAUUUGAUUCGCCAGUUUGUAGCAAUUCGUAAUACUUUCAGACAGACUACUGUGUAUCUCUGCUUUCUGUGUUGGAUCAUAUUGAAAAAAAUGAAUAAAAAAUCUGAAUCUUUCUCUUUCUA